AUGCGCGCGCCGCAUCGGACGCCGCGACUCGUGCGAUAUCGUCGCGCGGCGGUCGAGACGGCGGCCCGCGAAGGCAACCUCGUUUCUGUGUCGCCAGCCGCCGUGCUGGUGCCGCCUCUGGUCGACUGGCGAUGGCCAAAGCUAUCCGAGACCGUGCGGGACCAGCUCGUCGACAUCGACCGCCCAGAGGUGGUAGCCACCGUGGCCAAAGCAGCAAAUGACGAGCCGAUCCACGGCCUUGUCGACGCGACGUGCCUGUGCGAGAGGUGCAAGGGACUGCGCGAGUGGCUUCGGACGUCGCUCUGGAGCGUAACUCUAGGCGCAGGAUUUGUGGACGUCGGCGCCAAGUUCGUCGCGAAGCGCAUGAUGCCGGGCGACAUUGACGACGCGAAGGACGAAUAUCGCAACCCGUUGCCGUCGUGGGCGCCGAUUCUGCAGGCGCGUCUCCACCUCGCAGCCCUUCGUCGGCUUUCGUAG